AUGUCUCUUUUCAAGGCGCGAGAUUGGUGGUCGACGACCGCUGGUGAUAACGAAGAAUAUGAUACCGGUUGCCUAUGCGUUGCCAAUAUUGAUAAUAGUCCCGAUAAUGUCGAUAAAGUUAUUGUCGGAAGUUACUUUGGAAUUUUAAGAAUCUACUCACCCCAGCCGCCGAAAUAUCAUCCGGAAGAUUUAAUGUUAGAAUAUCAAUUGCAACAACCAAUACUACAGUUAGAGGCUGGUAAAUUCGUCUCUGAGUCAGAUGCCCUAUAUUUAGCUAUUCUUCAUCCUAGAAAGCUAUCUAUUUAUUCCAUAACCGCUAUUACUGGCUCAGUUGAACAUGGUAGUCAGUAUGCCGUCAAAUUAGCUUAUGAACAUUUACUAGAGAGAACAUCAUGUAACUUUGUUGUUGGUUCCUUUGGAGGCGUAAAAGGAAAAGAUUUCUUUUGCGUUCAGUCGAUGGAUGGAAUGGUGUCAUUUUUUGAACAAGAAUCAUUUGCAUUCGGCCGUUUCCUACCAGGAUUCUUGCUUCCAGGCCCGUUGAAAUAUAUACCAAAAUCUGAUUCAUUUGUGACAUGUUCCACUUCGAGAUCAGUUGAAUGUUACAAAUAUCAAUCUUUAGCACAAGCAUCCGAAGGUAGAGAAUCGACUAAACUCAGCGAUAAAGUAUCUGGAAAAAGAUUAACGUCUGAUUGGUCCGUCAAUAUUGGAGAAUGUGCCAAAGAAAUCUAUAUGGUCAGUUUCCAGAAUGCUCCAUCGUCUAUCUUCGUCUUAGGUGAACGAUCGAUAUUCUGCUUGAGAGAAAAUGGAAACGUUCGUUUUAUGAAGAAACUAGAAUAUGAUCCUAGCACAUUUUACCCUUAUGGCAGUACGCCUGAUGGUGGGAUUCUUUACAUGAUCGCUACUCAUACCGAUACAUUACUUGUAUAUAAGGAUAUUACGUUAUGUUGGGCUGCCCAAAUGCCCUCUAUGCCGGUUGCUUUACGCGCUGCAGAGCUCAAAGAUUUAAAAGGACUCAUUAUCUCAUUGGAUCAAAACGGAAGAAUUCAGGCUUCCUAUCUUGGAACAGAUCCUUCCAUGUUUAUAGCACCUCCAACAGAGUCAAGAGAAAUUAAUUACGAGGAAUUGGAUAAAGAAAUGAAGGAAUUACAAAAGUUAAUCAAGGAAUCAUCUGUUAGCUCCAGUAAGUUUGUUUUGAAAAAUUUAUUCCAAAAUGAAGAAAGUAUUACAAUGCAAGUACACAUUCCACCUCAAUUGGAUCAAACUUCGAUUAUCGAUGGAAAUAAGAAAGAUGAAGACGUUCCAUCUUUAACGAUUAAGGUUUCUUUUAAAUCAUCAUCAACAUUUAAUAAUGUUGUUGUCACCGCUCAUACAGAGAAACCUUUAACAGUGAAUCAACAUACUAGAAAGAUCAGUUUAGAAAGUUAUACCAGGCCAAUGGGAAUCACCUAUUACGUGGAUAAUAGCGAUAGUAUGUUACCUAUAAAUUUAACUACGUGGAUAUCAGGCAGUUACGUUACCAGUCAAGGAGCACCCAAAACUGUCCAGCAACAAGUUAAUUUACCCAUGAAGAUGUACUGCAAGCCUUGCCAACCAGUUAAAGUAGCUACUCAUAAGAUUACUAUUGACACAAACAGAAACCCCGUUAAUUUGUAUGAUAUAUUUCCCGAAUAUGGAGAAUCUAAAGGUCCUGGCAAUGCCAUCGGCUUUCAAUAUUAUAAUGGACCAAAAGUUACUCUAUUAGCUUCCAAAACUUCGCAGCGUUAUCGAUUGCAGUCUGAUAAUUUCGAAGCGUUAGCAUUAGUUACAAGGCAGUUUGUUGAACGUAUGAAAGCCAAUUUUGCCAACGAUAAAAAUCCUGACAAGUUCAAGGUUUCUUUCACGGGUUCUUUACCACUGCAUGAAUUUUUUGAGUUGAUUGAUGCGCAUUUUAAUAUUCGUUUAGAACAAGAAGAAUUGCAUGAAAAAGUUCAGCAAGAAGCAGAGCAGUACAGAGCCAUUCAAAGGCGACUUUUAACUCGUUUUAAGGAUAAAACUCCAUCUCCGUUAUUGAACCUGGAUGUAAUUUUGGAUAGUACACAUGCUACGAUUAUGGAAUUAGCCGAUAAAAUUAAAAAGACUGAGGAAGCAUUAUCUAGAGCAGCUAAUGCUUUGUCCUGCGGUACUAGUCUUCUCCUACUAUUAUUAAGGCUAAAUAUGAACCUGAAUGACAGUGAAUUUCGUAUACUUGAAGCCACGUUAUCACCGAUAGUAAUUGACUUACGAGAUCAGGGUUGGGAAGAAUUAACUGAUGCUGCAAUUACUCAUUUACUACGGACGUGCUUAGCUAAGUCAGCGAAAGAUCAAGCAGUCAACUUGCCUCCUCUUAAGAUCCCUUCUGAUACUCAAAAACUAAAGAAACAUAUAGCUAUGAUGUGUGAUCGGCUGACUAAAGGGGGCAAAUUAGCAUUCGAAAGUAACGAUGUUACAACAAAUGGACUACCGGAGGUUGUUGUAUCUGAUCCUAAACAAAUACUUGAUGAUUACCCAUCGAAAGAAACAUUUAAAGCAGGUAUUAUUCUAGCCUGA